AAAAAAAAAAAAAACAAGAAUACUAAAGAAAUUUGAGAGGUUAGAAAUGGAAGUUCCAAACGAAGAAGGAGAAAUGGCAAUGCCAAUUAACAGCGCAUAUGGUCAUGGGCACAUGAUCCAUCAUGACCCUGCACCCCAAAAUAAUCACAUAAUACCCUCUUCACAAAUAAUAACUUCCAAAAAUGGACCCCCAAUUUCCUCUAAUAAGAAAAUGAUGAAGUACAAGGAAUGCCUCGAGAACCAUGCAGCAGCUAUGGGUGGAAAUGCAACUGAUGGAUGUGGAGAAUUCAUGCCUAGUGGUGAAGAAGGUACUUUUGAAUUCCUCACUUGCUCUGUUUGCAAUUGCCAUAGAAAUUUCCAUAGAAAAGAAACAGAAGGUGAGCUCGUAAGAAAAGUUUAUGUGGGACAUCCUCAUAAAGCAUUUGUGUACCCUGCUUCUAGAGCAGCACCACAUCAGAUGAUAAUGUCUUAUAAUAACCACAUGGGAUCAAUACCAGGUAUUAAUCAAGAAGAUGGUAUAAUAAAUGGUGGUUGUGGGGUUAUGGCUAGGCCACUUAAUUAUCAACAAUUGGUGAAGAAGAGAUUCAGAACAAAGUUUAGUCAAGAACAAAAGGAGAAAAUGCUCAACUUUGCUGAGAAAAUUGGGUGGAAGAUGCAAAAGCAAGAGGAAGCUAUGGUUCAACAGUUUUGUCAACAAGUUGGAGUUAAAAGAAGACUACUUAAGGUUUGGAUGCACAAUCUUGCCAAGAAAAACUCCAAUGACAUUAAUACUGAGAGUCAAGUUUGAACUAAUUUUUUCUGUCUGCUAUCUCCAGCAGUAUUUAACUUAAUUUCUUCUUGUUUCUUUUACUUCCAUUAGUGUUUUGCCUUUUUGGUCUCUUCUUGAACUUCACUUUUCUUGGGUGCGCUUUUUACAAUUAUAGUUUGAUAGUUUAACAAAAAAAUUAUUUGGGUAUGCAAUGUAAUUUGUUGGAUUUUGUUUACUUAUCCGUAGAAAAUGAGUUUAUACGUACC